AAUGGGCCCGCGGGUCCCCUCCACGCCCUCCGCGUCCCCCCGAGCCCGCUGCGACGUCCGAGCGCGGGGCCGCGGCAGCAGCAGCAGCGGGCGGCGCCAUGGCGUGUGCGGGGCUGCUCACCGUGUGCCUGCUCCGGCCGCCCGCGGCCCGCGCGCCCCCCGCGUCCCCCGUGCCCGCGGGCGCCGCCGGACACGCGCUCUUCCAGGACGUUUUCCGCAGAGCGGACAAGAACGAUGACGGGAAGCUCUCGUUUGAGGAAUUCCAGAAUUACUUUGCGGACGGGGUGCUCAGCCCCGGAGAGCUGCGGGAGCUGUUCAGUGGCAUUGAUGGGAAGCCCACCGACAAUUUGGAAACAGAGAAGCUGUGUGACUACUUCUCAGAACACCUGGGGGUCUACCGGCCUGUGCUGGCCGCCCUGGAGUCACUGAAUGGUGCUGUGCUCACGGCCAUGGACGCCACCAAGCUGGAGUAUGAACGAGCCUCCAAAGUUGACCAGUUUGUGACGCGCUUCCUCCUGCGGGAGACGGUGAGCCAGCUGCAGGCUCUGCAGAGCUCGCUGGAGGGGGCCGCCGAGACCCUGGAGGCCCAGGCCCAGGCCCCCAGGUCUGAGGAAGAGACGGUGGCGUGGCAGAGCCGGCCCCGCGGCAGCCGGAGGGCAGGGCGCAGGGCCCUGCAGAGCGCCAGUUGGUCCCCGAGUGGGUCUGGCUCCUGUGACACAGGGCAGAGCUUAGAAGCCGAGAGGCAGUGGCGGCUCCAGAUCAACCGCCUCCAGGAGCUCAUCGACCAGCUGGAGUGCAAGGCCCCCCGGCUGGAGCCCCUGCACGAGGAGGAGCACCCCAAGGGCCCUGACUCACACAUUCUUGUGGCCCAGAGGCAGGUGCAGGUGGCGGAGGCGGCCCUGCAGGACUUCCACCGCGCGCUGAGCUGCUACAUGGACUUCACGGGCGCCCAGAGCCGCUGCCUGCAUGUGUCGGCCCAGAGGAUGUCAGAGAAUGCCUCCUUCGCUUUGUACGAGUUCUGGCAGGAUGAGGCCUCCUGGAGAAGGCACCAGCAGUCGGCCUGCAGCAAGGCCUUCCAGCGCAUCCUCAUCGACCACCUGCGGGCCCCGGACACCCUCACCACUGUGUUCUUCCCAGCCUCCUGGUGGAUCAUGAAUAAUAACUGAGCCUGACCUGUCUAAGCCAAGGACCCUGGGCCCCUCCUGCCUCCUCUGAAGCUUCUGGACUGGUCCCCUUGGCACUGACCACGGGCAGUGGCUGCCUCUGAGCCCCAGGCUGACCCUCAGAGACAGGGCAGACACCGCAGAGAGUGUCGGCAGGGCUGUGGAGCUGCUUGCCGUCUGUUUCUUUAUCCGUAUUGUUCGACGUGUGUGUGUGUGUGUGUGUGUGUGUGUGUGUGUGUGUGUGUGUCUUUGGCCUCUGAGCCCUCUGGCCUCUGCCUGGUUCUGGAUCCUGGUGUCCUUGGCCUGCUGCGUGACCCCUGGCAGGCCCCUUCCCCAUCUGUGAGUGCCCUGCGCCCCUUCUGCUGUCUCGAGGCCAGGCUUCUGCUCUUUCCCAAUCAAAAGCAGAGGGAGGGCUGAUGCUCAGGGACGCCCCCUCCCCCAACCUCAAGCCUGGAGGCUGGGCCGGGUCUGUCUGCUGUGAGGGGUAAGGAUCCUGUCUCCUGGCCCUCCCAGACCUGCAGGCUCCGCAUACUCAGAGCACCCAGGAUGCAGCCAAGAGCACUGGUGGAUCCUGGGUUGGUUUGCAUGUAAUUUGCAUAACAUUUGCAUGUCCAUGCCCACCCAUACUCAGGGCACUGUGGGGACGCUUCAAGGUGACCGUGCCAAGUAGCAAUAAUUUGGGCCCAGAGUCACCUGCUGCUCCCAAAUACCUCCUCACCCAGAGACAAUAAAGGUAGUGGUCACCUCGA